CAAGUGGGGGUGGAGACCCAGGCUUAUUAUAAAAUCCUUCAGAAGGACACAUUUGCUUCCUGUAUGUUUAUUUUUUUAUUUUGAUCUGUCAUGCUCCUGUCAGAAGGUGUCUCAUGAGCAGAAGUAGGAGGGAACGGCGAGAGAGACAUUAGUCAGUAGGGAAGGUAGGAGAAACGUCUGCGCCUGCAGCAUGCACACACGCACGCUGCAGAAUAAAUAAGACACCUCCAGUGUUGGAUUAUCUGUGUGGCGGUGCGCUGACCGCCUCAAACCUGGAGGCCGCCCAACCUACUCUUUAUCUUCCCUUUCAUAGUGAAAGAAGAGAGACGGACUCGUGUUCACCUCCUGCAGACUUCUCCUGAAUUCUGGUCCAGCGAGAUGAACAAGAUGAAGAACUUCAAGAGACGUUUUUCACUUUCUGUGCCACGAACGGAGACGAUAGAGGAGAACGAGUUUACAGAGCAGAUCAACCAACUCAACAUCCGCUGCAAUGACGGUGUGAUGCCAAAUAACCUGGGUUUACACAGCCUGCAACCCAGUCCAGUGGCACCGGAAAACCCAGCCCAGUCUCCUACACAACUGCAGUACCUUAACAAAGUCCCGCACCGCCGCUUCUCCAUGGAGGAUGUGACUAAGAGGAUGUCUCUGCCCAUGGAUAUUCGUCUUCCACCGGAGUUUCUGAAGAAGUUACAGAUGGAAAGCUCUCCACCCUGCAAACCUCUUAGCCGCAUGUCCAGACGAGCUUCAUUGUCGGAUAUUGGCUUUGGAAAACUGGAGACUUACGUGAAGCUGGGCAAACUAGGAGAGGGCACAUACGCGACGGUAUUCAAAGGUCGCAGCAAGCUCACAGAAAAUCUGGUGGCCCUGAAAGAAAUUCGUCUGGAGCACGAGGAGGGGGCGCCGUGCACAGCCAUACGGGAAGUGUCACUCCUGAAGAACUUGAAACACGCCAACAUCGUAACGCUGCAUGACAUCAUCCACACAAACCGAUGUCUCACGCUGGUCUUUGAGUAUUUGGACAGUGAUUUGAAGCAGUACCUCGACAACUGUGGAAACCUAAUGAGCAUGCACAACGUGAAGAUAUUUAUGUUCCAGCUUCUCCGUGGUUUAUCGUAUUGUCAUAAGAGGAAAAUUCUCCAUCGAGACUUGAAGCCUCAGAAUUUGCUCAUAAAUGACAAGGGAGAAUUAAAACUAGCAGACUUUGGUUUGGCCAGAGCUAAAUCAGUCCCUACAAAAACGUAUUCGAACGAGGUUGUGACCUUGUGGUAUCGACCACCUGAUGUCCUGUUGGGUUCGACGGAGUACUCCACACCAAUAGACAUGUGGGGUGUAGGAUGUAUCCUCUUUGAAAUGGCCACAGGACGUCCCAUGUUUCCUGGAUCAACAAUUAAGGAGGAACUACAACUGAUAUUUCGACUCAUGGGCACUCCAACUGAGGAGACCUGGCCGGGAAUUUCAAGCAAUGAAGAAUUCAAAUCGUACCUGUUUCCUCAGUACAGAGCACAAGCGCUCAUAAAUCAUGUGCCCAGACUUGACACUGAAGGUAUAGAUCUUCUAACAGCUCUUCUGCUAUAUGACACCAAACUUAGGAUUUCUGCCGAGGCAUCUUUAAGACAUCCUUACUUUUUGAGUCUAGGAGAGAACAUCCACACCAUUCCAGACACCUCAUCAGUGUUUUCCCUCAGAGAGCUCCAAUUACAGAAGGAUCCGGGACACCGGAGCUCAGUGUUCCAGCCUCCAGGUCGAGGCAAGAACCGCAGACAAAGUAUAUUCUGAGGGGAAAAAGUGUGAAGAGAUCACAUCACCAGAACAAAAUCUGCCGCACACACCCCCACAUGAACUAUUUAUUUUUUCCAUCCUAAAUAUAAAUACAUGCAUGCACAGGUUCAUACACACUCCAAAAUAGUGUGUGCUGCAGUCUCAUAUUUUGAUUUGAAACAGGAAUCAUCUCAUCUGAUCAAAAUGACCAAGUAACCAAGUUAACUGUUUCUCCCAACACUGCUGAAGCUUCACUGCGGUCUCUUUAAGACCUAAUACGUUCUUGAAUCUCAGGCCGUGGAACGACUGUAAAUGGGCCUGGAUGCUGACUGCGAUUGGUCCAACAAAGAGAUCCAAGUUGAACUCAGACUCUACUUCAUUUGGAUCCACAGUAGUACUUCAGGUGCUCAUAUAUAUAAAAGAUGUAUUAGUCUGAAGCGUGUGUGCAUUGAAACAUUGUAGCUUUGUGUCCGACUUUUUCCAUUGCUUAAGUGAAACUUUUUGUGUUGACUUGUUUUGCCAUAAUGUGUUUGAGUCAUGGUAGCUCAUUUAACAAAUAUUUAUUUACCACUAUAAUAUUUGAAAGGGUUGAAGCAUAAAUAAAUGAAAAUUUCAUCAUAAA